AUGGACGCCCCUAACUCCAGCACCUCGCACGUCAUCCAUCCGUCGCUGCCCACCACCCGCUCGCCGUCGCCCGACUCCUUCCCCACGCCCUCCCAGCUCCUCAGCGACAUCGCAAACGCCGCGCCGGCUCCGCUCCCUGCCCAUCGUCCUCCCCCGCAGAACCAACGUGGCCAACAAGGCGCCCGAAAACAGAGGAACAGGCUCGCCAGUCUCGGCUUCCAGCCCACAGAUCCCGAAUCGAUCUCCUCGCACGACAGGAAGCGGUACUACCUCGAGUGCAUCGAGUCCUACUCGCUCUACCUCCAGGACCGCGUCCGCGCAGCAGGCUUCACCCCCGUCCCCAUCCAGCGCGUCAUCCCCCCGUCUCUCCACUCCCCCACAGCCUCGGCAAAUCCCUCUUUGGAUCUGCUUAUGGCGAGCGGGGCUGGCGGUGUCGGCCCCGGUCGCACCGACCGUGGUGCUGCCCAUCGCGCGCUGUGCCAGGACGCGGGGAAGGGGCUGUCGAUUGAAAGUAUACGCACUCUGCUCGUGCACAUGGAAUCCACAGCGCGCAAGCUGAACGAGCAGACGCUCGUCGAGGAACAGCAGUUUGCAAAAUUACGCGCGCAGUACGAGGCUCUGCACGCCAACGAUCACUCCUCCGCCAAUACUCUCAGCAACACCCCCCUCCCCAACGACGCCGACAGCCCCUACCAGAGCAGCAUCAGCGGUGGGAACGGUAGCGAGCUUUCGGAGACCAGCGCAAGUGCGGGCUCGAGUCCGAACGGCGAGAUGUCUUCGUGA